AUGUUGAUCAAUCUAGGGUGGGUCUCUACUUAUAUGGGGAAAAUUGGUCUUUUCCUAAUUCUCCCAAUAGAAUCUCUAUCCCUGUCAACUGAGGAUAUUGAAAUCCAUAGAGGAAAGCCUUUGUACCUGAACGAGGAGCGCUAUGCUGCACUAGCUUACAUGUUUAUUGAUUUGGUUGUGCAUGUUAGGUUGCUUCUCAUGGCCUUGAUCGGAGCUCGAAGGUUCUCGGCCAAACUACCAUCGGGUCCUUCUUCUUGGUCUACGCAAAAUGCUGGGAGGACCCUAUCUGCUACUGCAAUUGUGUUUUGCCCCUUUUACUGGCUUUGUGGUCGCCUUCGAGGCUCCGUCAUAUACUAUCUGUGCAUUUGGUGA